ACGUCCUUCAGCCCCAUGGAAACCUGACGUACCAAUUAUAUCUGCAAUUUUAUUGAAGCCUACAUUGUAAAAUUUUUAUAUAAAAUUGGUGCUCUUUUAAGUGAAUCCACCAGUGAUUCCACUGCCAUCGUCAUUCUUGGAAUCUUAAAUUUUCAAUUUUCAUUAAGAAUGAAAGCUGUUGUCAUUAUUUUGACGUUAAACUUUUGCUUUUUGACAAUAUUGGCAGGCAAAUUACCCAAAGUGUUGACGGAAGAUGACAUCAACAAUAAACAAGUUUUUUUCGACAGGGAAGCGCCGUCUGCCCGAGCGUGUGGUGGUAGUUACAAUACCGCAACUGGAAGCUUCUCGUCUCCAAACUAUCCAAACCCAUACGGCUUUAACGAGAACUGCCAGUACACAAUCCAGGUGGGGUUCAACGAUCGCGUAGUGUUGCAAUUUGCUUAUUUCAAUACAGAAUCUAAUUUCGAUUAUGUCACGGUUUAUGAUGGACCAACAACCGCCUCGCCCGUUUUGCUUCGUCUCAGUGGGGGCCCAUAUUCCGCUUAUCCAGAUGUUGUUUCAUCAGGUUCUAGUUGCCUUGUGGUUCACAUCUCUGAUUAUUCGACCAGUUACAACGGCUGGCAAGCCAAUUAUUACUCUACCCCCAUUACAACGACUACAACUGCAGCUCCGGUUCAGAAUUGCCCGCCAUAUUUCCAAGGUGACACAACUAUUCCUUGCUGGAACUUGAAUGGCAAAUGUUACUGUUUCUCUAACCGCUAUCAAGAUUUCACCUGGGCUCAGGCGGAUGGAAUUUGCAGGGGAGGAAACAUGACCUUGAUUAGUCUUGAAACUAAAGAAGAAGAUGAGAUAAUCUACAAUCAUUUUCGAGCUACGCCAGAUUUGAAUAUUAACUAUCCUUAUUGGACAUCGGGGAGUUAUAACAAUGGGUGGAAAUGGGCCGCUACUGGUCAGUCGUUUACUUACACAAAUUGGCAAACAGGACAACCCGAUGGCAAUCCACCUGCAGGAUAUUGCGCCUAUGUUAAUUUCGGUGUUAGUAACUUUAAUAGUGGAUAUUGGCUUGACUAUACCUGCACUUCCAUGUUCAGAUUGAUCUGCGAAUCAUUUUGAAUUUUCACAUCCUUUACAAACGAAUAAUAUUAAAGCAAUUGGAAACAUAAUUUCAUAAGCUAUUUAAAAAUAGCUUAAAAAAUGUUGGAUACAAUUGAGUAUUUGGAAAUAAAUUGAUCAAAUGUUAA